UAGCGAUACGGUUUAAGGAUGCGUAAUUCGCCAAAAACAUACGAUAAGCUCGGGUAAACACGCGCCGAGGUCCCCACUCACAAUGUUAAAUAACCUUCGAUUCAGUAAUAUUGCACAAAUUGCUUUAAAUAAUGCGUGUAACUUGAAGCUUGUUAACCCCUGAAUAGGCGAAAUCGCUGACUGAUGGUGUGAUGUAAUAAAACGUCCGAAAAACAGAGGUCAUGUUACUUUGCUGUGUCUCCGACUGUGGCUAUUGGUACUUAAUUUAAAUCGAAAUCGCCGCGAUGAACGAUUGGUUCAAAAUUUCGCUCCUUUUGUCGAUUUUUGGCUUUCUGAAGGAGAUCAGACCGUCCGAACCCUUCGUUUACGAGUUCUUGGUGGGGCCUUGGAGGAAUGUCAGCAAGGAGGAAGUCACCGAACAAGUCUAUCCAGUGGGAACAUACAGUUACUUGGCCCAAUCGAUUGUGGCCUUCCUCAUUACCGACCUGUGCAGGUACAAACCUUUGAUUGUCCUGUUGGGACUCUCGGGGGUGGUGGUAUGGAGCAUGCUACUGUGGACCAAGAGCCUCUUCGAACUACAAGUCCUUGAAGCGCCGAGGGGCUGCUCUAUCCAAAAAUAAUCCAUAAUUGCGAUAACUAGCGCUAUUAUACUUUUUAUUGGCAAAAAUGGACCCAAGAAUUACAUAACCUCAAUUCGCAAAUCCUUAAAAAAGCCACACAGUCGUGCUAAUUGGGGCUAGGGCUAAGCAGAGGGGCCGCUCGGCCCCAAAACCAAGAGAAAAAUCAACUAUUGUGGCGAAAAUACUUUUAUUAUUGUGAAAAACAAUCGUGGCAAUUACAUAAUCUCAGUUCGUGUAAUUUAGUCCAGUGAAAUAAAUAACCCUUUAAA